CCCUUUACGAUGCUACCCCACGCCGACCCCAACCAGCCCCUUGGCCCGCCAAAGCCCUUCUCCGUCUGAAGCGCCCGAUUUCGGUGGCUUAUUGCCAUCGUUUGCGGGUGAGCUGAUGGCAAGCUAGGCGUUUGUUGGCCGUGCGUAAUCGCCCCUUGAGAAGAUGGUGACGGGCGGCCACCUUGAACCCCAUGUGGUGUUGGUACACCCGCGGUACCGUCAAGAGGGGACCUCCAGGAUUUUUGACCGAUAGACCAUCUAGUGAAUUAACUGCCCCUUGAGAAGAUGGUGACGACCGGCCACCUUGAACCCCAUGUGGUGUAGGUACACCCGCGGUACCAUCAAGAGGGAACUUCCAGGACCUUUGACCAACAGACCAUCUAGUGACUUAAUUGCCCCUUGAGAAGGUGGUGCUGAGCUGCCGCCUUGAACCGCUACAGCCCGUGUGGUGCAGUUACACUCCCAGUGCUGUUAGGGAGGGAGUUCCAGGAUUUUGACCCCAGCGACAGCGAAGGAACGGCCGAUAUAUUUCCAAGUCAGGAUGAGACUGGAUCUGAUGGAGGAGGAGGAGCCUCAGCCGCAGAUUCCGAAUCGAUCGAGCCUGUCGGCAGCAGACACAGAGGGGGUGGAUGGCGAGCCGAGUACUCUGCUGCACAAGAUAAAGGGCACCGUCACUAAAAACGUUCAGUUGAAAGUGGAUAAUGUUCUGCAAGAAGUCAAAGGGUUUUCAGAUGCAGAGAAACUCUACCUCUACUUACAGCUGCCUUCAGGUCGCAGCCAUGGGGACAAAAGCUCCGGCAUCACCAGCGGCGACCAGUUCUCCUCGAGCACCGCCGACCAGAUGCACGCCUGCAACUGGAUCAGGAACCACCUGGAGGAGCACCCGGACACCUGCCUGCCAAAGCAAGACGUGUAUGAUGCAUACAAACGAUACUGUGACAAUCUAUCAUAUCGGCUCCUGAGUGCGGCAAACUUCGGUAAAAUCAUGCGGGAUGUCUUUCCAAACUUCAAGGCUCGACGACUGGGAGGGCGAGGCCAAUCGAAAUACUGCUAUGGUGGAAUAAGAAGGAAGACCGUGGUUAACAUGCCUUCUCUUCCCAGCCUAGAUUUGCAGCUCCCAGACCCCGUGGACGCCAAGGAGGGGGACAAGUCUCACCAGGACGAGGUGCUGAUGUCGGCGGCCAUCAGUCUGAUCUGUGAGUGGGCCCAGCGCGUGCUGAUGAGGCAGUUUGACACGGUGGUGGACCUGGCCCGCUUCCUAGUGAAGGAGCACCUCAUCAGUCCCAGGACCAAGAACGCCGCGGUGGUGAUGGAGGAGCUGAUGACCGACAACAUGCUGAAGUCACAGAAGGACCCAAAGCUGCAGCAACAGCCCAAGAACGCCGGUCAGGAGAGCGAGGAGAAACCUCUGGAUGCGCAGCCCAAACAGACGGAGGCCCCCAAAGUGACUGCGGCCAACCCCCAGGGGGGGAAGGACGUCCGGCCGGGAGGGAACCGUGGAAAGCAGACCACCGCGGCCGACGUGGACAAUGUCAUCAACCGCUACCCACCCAUCUGGCCCAAGGCCCAGACCAAGAAGCUGCUGGCCAUCUCGACGGCGCCCUGCAUCGCCCCGUCAGCCCUGCCCGUCAGGAUGGGCACCCCAGUGCCCCUGGCUCUGCCGCCGGGCUCCAACAGCGCGGGGGUCAUCGCCGCGGGGCCCCUCCCUCUGCUGAAGAAGGUCACCGUCAUCCUGCCGGGCUCGGUCCGGCUCCAGGGGCCGGACGGGGGAGGCCCCGCACCGGCCAAGGGCCAGGAGCCAGCGGGCGGGGCCCGGGCCGACAGGACCAAGGGCUCCCACCACCCGAAGGGCCCGGCCGCCGGCCCCUCGCCGCACAAGCGGCUCGCCGGCUCGCCGGGGGAGAAGCAGGCCCCCAAGAGGAAGCGGGGGCGCCCGCGCAAGGUGGUGGUGGGCCAGCGCCCGCGGGAGGAUCCCGCAGGAGCGGCCGAAGCCGCGACCGGCGGCCGGGCGGCCGAGGCCGAGGAGGGUCCGGCCGUCCGAGCCCCCCUCACCGCAGAGGUCACCACGCCCAGCCCUCGCCUCUCGCCAGCCACCGCGCCGCCAGCAAACGCCGCCGCCGCCGUCUCAUCACCGCCGCCGUCUCCCCCUGCCCUCCCCUCGUCCACGGGCAUCUGCGGCAAGCCGGCGGCCCCCGGUGACCCCCCUCCCCGGCUCCCCGCCCUUGGCUCGGCGCCGGCGCCGCCCAGAAAGAACAGCGGACCCUCGGAGCCGGGAGCCCGCAAGACGUCGGUGAUCCGGCCAAUCUGGUGGACCGGUGCGCCCGGGAACCGGAGAACAAGAUCACCGACGCAUAAGGCGCCCACGGAUCACCAGUGACAGUAGCUCGUAGCCCGUCACCGGCGUCACCUUAAUUCCUGGCCAGGACGCGGAAGUGGGGGUGGUGGGGGGCACAUUCAACUCGGGCAGGCAGGGCAGUACGGCACUCUUGUAUCUGCCAGUUGUGUGCCCUGCCCAGAACUCUGCUCAGUAUUGAUUUCAACGUGUCUGGAACAUUAGGCGGGUGCUUGGAGCAGUGGUAGAUGCCAUCCCACCUGUUCUGCGUCACCCACCCAAGUCAAAUAUCACCCCCUUCCCGAAUCCUGAAGGGAGAGUUCGGCAGACUGUUGGAAAUGCCAAUCUGCUUAAAAACUCUUUUUUGUUUUCUCUCCUUUGGACUAGUUGAUAAUUUUGAUAAUUUGCACGUCUUAACGUUGCUGUAAGUGUUCGACCAAAAAAAAAAUUUGGGUUUAAACGCAACACCAGAAACACAGGUGACAAUUUUUUAUACUGGUCUAAUGCCCAAAAGGGGGAGAGUUGGGGACGAUUCAAGCCAAACGGUCAAUAUCACUGCAAAGUACCAUCCAGUGUUCUCCGCCAAACAGUCUACAGAAUCUACUUUACAAAACGAGAGACCCGCAGAACUGCAGCAAACGGGAACUCCUGCCUGGCACUACAGCAAACUCCAGCAAAGUCCCGUGAGUGGAGGACAGCGAAUGAACAAAUGAUCUGCGUGAAAUCAGUUCCGGGCACCUGGACCCCAGGCGUGAUCGGCGGCGGUUUGAGAAGUCAAGACAGGCGUCUCCCUUCCGGCUGAGACUUGUGCCACUCCGAGCGUCCAACUCGUUUUAACAAAUCACACCGGCCCCUGUUUACCCCCUGAUCGAGAGAUAUCUGUUAACGUUUUGCUCGACAAAACCUUGCUGAUAAUGUUGUUCUUUCAGUCUGUGCACAGCUCCCUCUCACUGGGUUAACUGAGCUGCUUUGAGAUUAGGUGGUUCCCUGUCAGUUGUCAUCCUUGAUCGUUGUCCACCUCCACCCUGCGCCUUUCCUGGGUGGGUAAUGGUUGGCUAUGCUCUGUGGUGUUGCGUUGCGUGGAGAUAUUUGACCGAG